AUGGCUGCAAAACGAACGGUUUACGUUGGAAGUUUGGCAGAGGAAGUGGAUGACAAAAUUCUACAUGCGGCUUUUAUUCCAUUCGGUGAAAUAACAGACAUUCAAAUUCCACUGGAUUAUGAAACAGAGAAACAUCGAGGGUUUGCCUUCAUCGAAUUUGAGCUGGCUGAGGAUGCUGCGGCUGCCAUUGACAACAUGAAUGACUCAGAACUCUUCGGGAGAACAAUCAGAGUAAACCUAGCCAAGCCGGUGAAAGUAAAGGAAGGAUCCAGUAGAGCAAUUUGGGCAGAUGACACUUGGUUACAAGAACACUCUGGUGCCACCCUUAAAACAGGAGAGGAGGAAGUUGGUGCUAAGCGACCUGCCGAAACCACAGAGGCGGUGGGCACUGGUGCGAAGAAAGCACGGACUAACCCUCAGGUGUUCAUGGACAUCACCAUAGGCAACAAGAGUGUGGGGAGAGUUGUCAUAGAGCUGCGGGCUGACGUGGUACCCAAAACAGCAGAGAAUUUCCGCUGCUUAUGUACCCAUGAGAAAGGAUUUGGUUACAAAGGCAGCUCUUUCCAUCGGAUUAUACCACAAUUUAUGUGUCAAGGAGGCGACUUCACCAAAAACAAUGGCACUGGAGGGAAGUCCAUAUAUGGCAACAAAUUUGCAGAUGAAAAUUUUGUGUUAAAACACACAGGACCAGGUACAAUGUCAAUGGCUAACUCAGGCCCCAAUACAAAUGGAUCUCAGUUUUUCAUCUGCACAGAAAAGACAGACUGGUUGGAUGGAAAACAUGUGGUGUUCGGUAAAGUUGUUGAGGGCUUAGGUGUGGUGAGAAAAAUGGAGGAAUACGGGUCCAAGUCUGGCAAGACAUCUCAGAAAGUGGCAAUAGCAGACUGUGGGGAACUGGUGUGAACUGUAACAGAUCUGAAGCUCAAGCUAGGAGGUGGACAGUACAGAAGAUUGUGCAUGGAUUAGGCAGUGGAGGAUAAGGAAGAAGGGGAGCAAACUCCAGGCCUAGACAUACACCCAACAGUACAUAGGCAGGAGUAAGGGGCUGCCAGACAAGCCCACCACCCCCAUAAGAUAGAACAGCAAGUGUGGCGAAUUAGCAGAUACAACAAGCCUGUCCAGGACAAGAUACCGUCCUAAAUAGGAGAAGACACAGAUGGCACCAUAAACCGCCAAUCUGUACAGGGUAGAACAGAUCUGGACGAGACAGGACAGAUCCUAAUCUAUACUAGGCUGGACAGGACAGAUCCAAUCUGUACAGGGUAGAGCAGAUCUGGACGGGACAGGACAGAUCCUAAUCUAUACUGGGCUGGACAGGACAGAUCCAAUCUGUACAGGGUAGAACAGAUCUGGACAAGACAGGACAGAUCCUAAUCUAUACUAGGCUGGACAGGACAGAUCCAAUCUGUACAGGGUAGAACAGAUCUGGACAAGACAGGACAGAUCCUAAUCUAUACUAGGCUGGACAGGACAGAUCCAAUCUGUACAGGGUAGAACAGAUCUGGACGAGACAGGACAGAUCCUAAUCUAUAUUAGGCUGGACAGGACAGAUCCAAUCUGUACAGGGUAGAGCAGAUCUGGACGGGACAGGACAGAUCCUAAUCUAUACUGGGCUGGACAGGACAGAUCCUAAUCUAUACUGGACAGGACAGAUCCAAUCUGUACAGGGUAGAACAGAUCCUAAGCUGUACUGGGCUGGACAGAUCUUAAUCUAUAUAGGACAGGACAGAUCUUAAUCUAUACUGGAUUGAACAGAUCCUAGUCUUCACAGGGCAGGACAGAUCCUAAUCCAUACUGGACAGAGCAGAUCCUAAGCUAUACUGGACUGGGCAGAUCUUAAUCUUUACAGGACAGAACAGAUCUUAAUCUAUACUGGAUUGGACAGAUCCUAGUCUUCACAGGGCAGGACAGAUCCUAAUAUAUACUGGACAGAGCAGAUCCUAAGCUAUACUGGACUGGGCAGAUCUCAAUCUUUACAGGACAGGACAGUGCCUGGCAGCCACCAUAAGCCUUACUUAUCCACUUGGGAAAUGGCAGAAGUUUCAAUGUGAAGGAAGCUGGCUACAUGUAAAUCAUUCAUCAGAGCACAUGAGAAGCCCUGGGGCAACCAUUAUGAUAUUUAAAACAUUAACUUUUCCAUGAGAGAUGUUUACAUGUGAACAUGAAUGCUGUGUGCUGGUACUAAAGGAUAAAGCUCCUCAAGCACCCC